AUCUCCUACAGUUUAGAGAAGUUGCACACUAUGAGUAGAAGGAAUAACACAAAUGUGUCUGACUUCAUCCUCAUGGGAUUGACAGACUCUGAAGAGAUCCGGCUGGUCCUCUUUAAUCUAUUUCUCCUGAUAUACCUGAUUACUGUGCUGGGGAAUGCAGGGAUGAUACUAAUAAUCCGCCUGGAUCUCCAGCUUCACACUCCCAUGUAUUUUUUCCUCAGUCAUCUGUCGUUCCUUGACCUAAGUUACUCAACAGUCAUUACCCCUAAAACCUUAGAGAACUUACUGACUUCUACCAAGUACAUUUCAUUCGGGGGCUGUUUCACCCAGAUGUAUUUUUUUGUCUUCUUGGGUGCCACUGAAUGUUUUCUUCUCUCUUCAAUGGCCUAUGAUCGCUACGUAGCUAUCUGCAAUCCUCUACAAUACCCAGUUGUUAUGUCUGUGACACUCUGCUGCUCCCUCAUCACUGUAUCCUAUGUGAUUGGCUUCAGUGACUCUUUUGCCAGUGUGCUUUGCAUGAACUCAUUGCAUUUCUGUGACUCCAAUGUAAUCCAUCACUUCUUCUGUGACGUACCCCCGAUGUUAGCCCUGUCCUGCACUGACACACAUGACAUUGAGAUCAUAAUAUUUGUUGUUGCUGGCUCCACCCUAAUGGUGUCUCUUACUACAAUCUCCGUGUCCUAUGCAUCCAUUCUCGCCACUAUUGUGAAAAUCAAUUCUAUGUCAGGAAAGCAAAAAGCCUUCUCUACCUGUGCUUCCCACCUCAUGGGAGUCACCAUCUUCUAUGGUACUAUGAUUUUUACUUAUUUAAAGCCAAAUAAGUCCUACUCCUUGGGAAAGGACCAAGUGGCCUCCGUUUUUUAUACAAUUGUGAUCCCCAUGCUGAAUCCACUCAUUUAUAGUCUUAGAAACAAAGAAGUGAAAAAUGCUCUCGUUAGAGUUAUGCAGAAGAGAGAGAACACAAGGCAUUUAAGAAGACAGUGA